UCCUAAUUUCCAUUUCUAACUUGUGAAUUUUCGCGAUUUCAAUCUCGACCAACCUUAACCCACCGUCUUCGUCACCCACUCUCUGCGACUUUCCCCCCUUGUUUCGACGACAAAAGCCGCAAUCAUGAGUGCCUCGUUGAACAAGAUCGCGCCUAACAGCGCUUCGCGCCAGAACCCUUCUGAGCUGGAGACCAGCAUUGCUGGCGCUCUCUACGACCUUGAGACGAACACCGCCGACCUCAAGGCUGCCCUCCGACCCCUUCAAUUCGUCUCCGCCCGAGAGAUCGAAGUUGGCCACGGCAAGAAGGCAAUUGUCAUCUUUGUCCCCGUUCCUUCUCUACAGGGCUUCCACCGAGUCCAGCAGCGACUCACUCGUGAGCUUGAGAAGAAGUUCUCCGACCGCCAUGUCCUGAUCCUGGCCUCGCGCCGUAUCCUUCCGCGACCCAAGCGUUCUGCUCGCUCGCGCAACACCCUCAAGCAGAAGCGCCCUCGUUCGCGAACUCUGACCGCCGUCCACGACGCCAUCCUUGGUGACCUCGUUUACCCCGUCGAGAUCGUCGGCAAGCGUCUGCGAACCAAGGAGGACAACAGCAAGCUUCUCAAGGUUAUCCUCGAUGAGAAGGAGCGAGGUGGCGUCGACUACCGACUGGACACCUACUCUGAGGUCUACCGCCGCCUCACCGGCCGAACCGUCACUUUCGAGUUCCCUCAGUCUGGUGUCACCGAGUACUAGGGUUAAACGGUCGUUCAUCUGGACUGGUCUGGGACUAGGGGAUUUGGCAUUGGCACCGCGUUUCGUGGAGUUAUGACUGCAUGGCGGCAUUACGGCGGGCCAAAAAAGUGACUGGCACGGCGUCUAGAUAGCUUGUGAAAUAAUUGACAAGCCGGGUUUCUCUGAUGAGAAUUACGAACUAAUUCAUUGCUUUGAUAUCUUCAUG